AUGCUGUUCUCGCUCUCCUCAAACGGCGUGCACGCAUUACCUCGCUGUCCGGCCGCUCUUCAAGCCGGGACGGUUACCAGGGGACGUGCAGACGAGAUUGUCCUCACAACGACAUCCUCGAUCCUCGCGCGCUCGCAGACCCCGCCUGCCAUCACCGAAUGCUUGUCCUAUCUGCUAUCGCACAUGAAUGAGACCAGAACAUCCAGCCUCUCUCCUCUCCCGUGA